CCUCGGGGACCUAGGAGGCUCUGUGAACCUGCGGACUGGGAACGGAUAUGGCGGCCACGCUGGGCAGCGGGGAACGCUGGACAGAAGCUUACAUUGAUGCAGUUAGAAGAAACAAAUAUCCAGAAGAUAGACCUACGGAAAGUCAUGACCCCUGUGGUUGCUGCAACUGCAUGAAGGCGCAAAAGGAAAAGAACUCUGAGAAUGAGUGGAAUCAGACCCGGCAGGAGGGGAGCUCUACUUAUACAGAAGAACAGCUGCUUGGGGUACAAAGGAUCAAGAAAUGUAGAAACUACUAUGAAAUUCUGGGAGUGUCUCGAAAUGCUAGUGAUGAAGAACUUAAGAAAGCAUACAGAAAACUUGCCCUGAAAUUUCACCCUGACAAAAACUGUGCUCCUGGAGCAACAGAUGCUUUCAAAGCGAUAGGAAAUGCCUUUGCAGUCCUGAGCAAUCCUGAUAAGAGGCUCCGCUAUGAUGAAUAUGGAGAUGAGCAAAUGACUUUCACUGCACCUAGAGCCAGACCUUAUAACUAUUACAGGGACUUUGAAGCUGACAUCACUCCAGAAGAGCUAUUCAAUGUCUUCUUUGGUGGACAUUUUCCUACAGGAAAUAUUCAUAUGUUCUCAAAUGUGACAGAUGACACUCACUAUUACCGCCGGCGACACCGACAUGAGAGGACACAGACACGAAAGGAAGAAGAAGAAGAUAAACCUCAGGAAGCAUACAGAACCCUAGGCUAUACCAUUUCUAGAGAAACUCAGAACUUGCAGGUGCCUUACUUUGUGGAUAAAAAUUUUGACAAGGCCUACAGAGGAGCUUCUCUUCAUGACCUGGAGAAAGCAAUAGAGAAAGAUUAUAUCGAUUACAUCCAGACGAGUUGUUGGAAGGAGAAACAGCAAAAGUCGGAGUUGACAAAUUUGGCAGGAUUAUACAGAGAUGAACGAUUGAAACAGAAAGCAGAGUCGCUGAAACUUGAAAACUGUGAAAAACUUUCCAAACUUAUUGGCCUCCACAGAGGUGGUUGAGAGGAUGAUGGUCCUACACAGGGUUUGGGGUUUUGUUACUCGUUACUUCUUAGGUUCCCAAGUCCAUUUUAUAAUACAAAAUUAGGAAAUAAUGAA